AUGUUCCCCGGGAACUUGGAUCGAGAUGCAGAAUGGGAUAUCGUGGUGCAUAGCAUGGCCAGUGAUGCUGACGACUCUUGUGCGGAUGCAGGUGACGACUGUGUGCAUUAUAGCAAGGUCAUCGCACCUGUAGUCGCGGGCAUUGAAGAAUAUGUUCACCCAGUUCGUUCUUCGGGGGUUGUAUUCGAGCUCUUGGAUUAA